CCCCCCCCACCGGACACGUUGCCCGGGGAGGGAGAGGCUCCACGGGGGCUGGACGACGUCGGCAGCCUCCCUGCUCCCACUGGACUGUCCGUCCGGCUGCACAACACCUUAAGGUGGAGGGAAACACUUCACUCCCGGUCAGUGAGGCUCUCUACUGGCGAAUAGUCCACUUCCAUCAUGUCAUCAUCCUCCCACUCUGAUUACUCCACUGAGUGGCUUGCCCGCGAUGAACACAACAGGAAGACCCCACUGGUGCAGAUCAUGGCAUCAUCCUCAUCAUCCUCAGCUACAACUUUAAGGGAAUCUCCUACUACACUAUUUCACUCUGGUGCCUUCUGGAGGAGGAAGAGGAGAAGUGUCUGCUGUGGUUGUGAUGCUGGAGGCUACUGUGUGCGCGCCGCAGUCUGUGCAACUCACUUGGAGACCCCCGCAGUAUUUCCAGUUAAGGAAGAUAACCCCAUGUGCAAGCUGGGGACACUUUGUGUGGAGCCAAAGCGCCUUUCAGUCAGGAAGAGAACUUUAGAUGGAUGCGGCGCACAUCGUCCAUCAGACACUCAAAGUGAACUUUUCUCACUCAAGUGCACGGAGUUGCAGUGCUACGUCAAGCCUCUGUCGUCUAUCCUACGAGGUUUGAGAUCCGGCAGGUACGCCACACGUCUCAGCAGUUUCCAGGAGAGCGUUGCAAUGGACCGUAUCCAGAGAAUAAUGGGGGUCCUUCGAAAUCCUAACAUGGGAGGACGCUUUCUCAGCAUCGUCAUGAAAAUAGAAGAGAUGCUUCGAAGUUGGUUCCCUCGCAUAAAACCAAAUCAGGCCAAUGGCAGCUCACCAGCUAAGAAGCAAAAGAGGACAACUCCGUGGCCCCCAGCAUCACUUUGCUCGUCAGAUGGGGAGUCGGGCACCUCUGGCUCGUUCAUCCAUGUCGGACGACCGCACACGUCACCCAUCUGCUCCCGAGAACGGUCCGAAUCAACACUCAGUCCCCAGAGUCCGAGCCGGGGCGUCACCCAGGACAACUUUGUCUCCUCCAGUACUGACUCUCCGGUGUUGCCCCCACGCCGCCCAAGAGGUCCACCGCGGCAUCUCAGUCAGGGACCACUGCCUUUCAAGAUCAGAUCGCCCUAUCUGGAAAGACUACUGAAGGCCAAGAAGAGCACCCUCACUCCCAGAGGAGACGACAGGGAGGCCAGGUGCCGUAGAUACUUGUGUGGCUCGGACACAUGAUUUGCUGCAGUGUGACAUCCGGGUUCAUUCUAGAAGCAACUAAGUCAUUCUCAUUAGAGAAUCCUUUGGAUUUCCCCAUCAUUAUGGGGUGGGAGAUAGGUGAAUAAAACACAAUACUGUACAUAGUCUGAAACAUGACAUCCAUGCAGAAGUGCCUUAAACUUGCAUUCUUUCUCAUAAGCACUAGGAGGAUGAUUAAAGAACUGAUCUUGAAUGCCCCCCUUAAUUUAAUACCUUGUUUCAAAACAUUACAAAAUGAGAUGAGCCUCACAUCAGUUUAAAUUCAGUGCGAUGUUCCUUUAGUCAAUCAUGGUUCCGUUCAAGCAUGUUGAGCAAUUACUCAUUUGGUGGACUCCAAUACGGGAAAGACUACUUCAAAUUGUAACACUGUACUCCCUCAAAUAAAAAAAAUGCAUGAAUCGUUUUUAGGGUGUCACUAAGGUGAAUGUUACAGCCUUAUUUUGCUGAUACCACAACACAUACUGGCAUCUGUAAAGCUGAUUGUUCAAAAGAAAAGUGCUGCUGAAUCUCCCUGAUACACUCUGGCUACUAUAUGAGGAAUUAA